AUGAACUGCAGAAGCCAAGUCAACUGGGGCCAACUGAAGAAAAUGCUGGAGUACCCACUUGGCCACGCGUACAUUAGGUCGAUUAAUGAUGGAUCGCUGCGAGGCAGACAUAGUGGCGGUAUUUGCGCCACCAUCAUACAGCCUGCUCCUCCUACCCCAAUCUUCCAAUCUUCUAAAGCGUUCAAGUCUACCAUCUCGUUCUACCUACUAAAUAGGGAACUUGUUAUUGAGGUAAGAUGCCUACUCCUUGUGAUUUGUUUCUGGUAUUUGUUAUUUCCUACUUACUAUCUUGUGCUUCUAUCAACCUUCCUAUCCUUCAUGAUUUUAUUGACCUGGAUUAUCGUGCUAACGAAGAUGAUAAUAGGAAACAUGUCUACCUGCCUCCAUGAUGGCGCUGCUUUCACCACAGAUGCUCCAUUAAGACGCUUCACCCUACGAUACAACUACUUCUCUCUUGGCCCUCCCCUUACUGGGUAA